CAACGCGCGAGGUUUCUGACAAAAACAAACAACCCAAGAGGAAUAACUGUUGUUUUGUUUGUGUUUUGUUUUUUAUAAACGUUUUUUUGUUUUUUAAAAAAGUACAACACAUUGCUGUAGUGACAAGCAAAAACAAGCAAAACAAAGGCAGCCUUGCACGGACUGUGAAAACAAGAUCCACUUGAAACCAGUCCAGUACACGUACAGCACAUUGGGCGCCUUGAAAAGGAAUUCUUUGGAAUUUCCACUAAUCCUUUUCUGGCUGUUAGUUCAAAGCAUCUCCUUAGGACGCACCGGUGACGUUUCUUUCUCUCUAUGUUGGAUGGACUUGGGCAACCCUCAGGAAAGUUCCGGAAACCUGUGGCUCAACGGCACGAGUUUGAAAAAGCUGUGGACGAACGGCCAAGUGGUCUCCUUGACCGUACCCCCCUCUGUAGAAAACAACGUGACCCUGGAAUACGCGGGCGCGCUCCACUCGUGGACUUUAACGGUUUCCCCGGGCAACAAGCAAACCAAAGUGAGCGGUCGGCAGAAACCUGAGAAAAACGCAACGAUUGCCAUCCAGAGUGUCCUGGAUUUGCUGGAUCCCUCUGAUGCCUUCCCCUGUGAAAACGGCACGUUGUUCUUCUAUCAGGAUGAGAACUUCUUCCUUGCGUUCGGGCACUCUGCGCGCUACCCCGUCAAGGUGGAGGCCCGCUCUCCCACCACCUUGCUGAUUUCGUGGUCCGCAGACCGAGCGGCCCCUGCCGGCACCACCCACGCCGUCACCGUGUACCGCUCUGACCGAGGCGCCUAUCGCUUGCUGAGCAGGGACGAAGUCACCGAAAGGCGCCAUGGCGUGACUUCGCUGAACUCCUGCAGCCUCUACGUGGUGUGCGUGGACCCUGAGGCCAACUUCCUUAGCACCUGCUUCCCUACUUUAACCGAUCCAGAGGUUCCCCGAAACCUUCAGGUCCGGUGGUGGAACAGCAGCAGCAUAUCUUUAACCUGGGACCCCCCAGAGGACCUCCGGUUCUCCUCUUUCCGCCUCACGUCCUUCCACCUCAACGGCACGAACCACGUCGUGCGCGAGGUACCCGCCUGGCACGCCACGGAUGACUUUGUUUACACUUUGUCGGGCCUGCAGCCUUGCAGCAGGGUUAGGUUCGGCCUGCAGACCGUUUGCCAGGCGGGGGUGGAGUCCCGCUCCAGUGAAAUGAUCCUGAAUGAUGGAAAUACCCCUCACUCCAGCCUCAAGGCCCUGCGUCAGACAUCGUUCGGCCCCGACAACUACACGCUGAGCUGGAAUGUGAGCGAGGCCUCGUCCGUCUCCAGGUUCAGAGUCUACCACGAGGGCACGCUGCAGGGCGCCACCCUCGAUACCGACUACACGGUCAAGGGGCUGCUGCCGUGCCGCCUUUACCGCGCCCGGGUGGAUGCGCUGUGCGGGGACGGCGUGCUGAUGAGCAGCGAGACGGUCCCGGUGCACACGGGACCCCACGGGGUGUUAGAACUCCGGUACCGCACCAACGACUCCCUGGCCUUGUGGAUUCCCGGCACACCCAGCUCAGCGCUGUCGUUUUCCUACGAGCUGUCCCUGGAGAACGGCAGCGCCUUCCAGGCGGCCAAUCUGACUGAGACAGAGCUGCGACUGCCGGGACUGGAAGCCGGGAUGACGUACGUUCUCGAACUGUGGGAGCGGUGCGAGGGCCGCUGGGAUUCGGAACGUACCGUGUUGUGCUUCACGGUCGACAACUCGACCUACGGUUUCCUUGUGAGGGGCGUAGGACUUGACUCCAUCAACCAAGACCGAGCUGAAGAAAUUCACGAGCUGAGAAUGGUGGUGCCGGGCUCUCUGCCUGACGAUCUGGAUGACGAAAUGUCCGAGGCAACAACUACAAUGGUGGAGAGUGUCCAAAACUUGUUGCUGCAGCUGUUGAGUGAGGUGCGUCCACCCAUCCGUGUGGAGGUGAUGGGCAUGGAACCCGCCUUCGACGCCAACAAAACGGAGGUUCAGGUGAUGCUUUUCGACGCGUCCCACCGGGACGACGACAUGCCCCUGCCGGUUCGGUUUCACGUGGACUACAUCGAGUCCCGAGACAGCCCUUACGUUUCCGUUAGGGACGGAGUCCUUUACUGGGACGGUCCAGAUGUUUGCACGUCGACCACCCGAGCGCUGUGUCCGCAGAACUCCCAUUGCAUCAACACUCUGGGCUCAUUCCAUUGCGUGUGCAAUCCGGGCUACUAUGACGUGAGCGCCGCGCUCCAGGGCCCGGUGCCCUCGGACCCCGUUUGCAACGAGAGAGGCAUUUUCAGUCAGUGUCUGGAGAAAGUGAUGACCGGCGGCGUGGCCAAACCCUACCUGACCGCGUACAUCGGCGGGAAGGUGGAGGUGGUGCUCAACAACGCCACCUGCGACGUGGAGGAAACCGGACUUCUGUUCCACUUCCGCACUCCCAGACACGGCUCAGAAUGUGGCACGAAGAGGCGGGUGAACAAAACCCACAUUGAAUUCCGAAACACACUCGCCGUCUCCUUGACCAAGGAGGAAGCCAUCAGCCGGCGGGAUCUGAAAGUGAUCUGGAAGUGUGUCUACCCUCUGCAUUAUUCACGCAAGGCCCACGUCAACAUCGAUUUGAAAUGGUUCAAUUCCUACUCCCUGGUGGAGUUCAACACCUCCCUGCAGCUGGGCCUGACCAUGGACUUGUUCGGCGACAAGUCCUUUCGCAACAGUUUUCAAGAAUUCGCAAGCAUGGAUCCGGAGGACACUCUGUACUUCGAGGUUGCCCUGGACGCCAACGCCUCUUUUACCUCCAACGUCUUGCUGCACGUGGAAACCUGCUGGGCCACUGAGACCAGCGACCCGCAGGAUGAAGUUCAGGGUGUUUUCCUGAAGGACGGUUGUCCCAUCGACUACACGUUCCGUUGGCUGUCUGUAAAUGGCGUGGCUCAGAAAAGCAGGUUCGCCAUGCAGAUGUUCCACAUGCCGAAAGAACUGCCCCUUUAUUUUCACUGCUUGGCCAGCAUAUGCGGACUUCAAGAAAACUGUACAAAGAACUGCACCGGCCCUGCACGACCCAAAAGAGCUGCCAGGCUCGUGACGGACACUAACUCAAAACGAGCUGCUGUUGUAUCCGCCGGACCUCUGGUGGUCAGUCGAGAUGCGUCACGGGUCCAGAAAUCUUCCUGGACGGACAGCAUGACAAUGAUCUGCAUUGUGGUGGGGUUAGUUGGCAUUUUUGGAUUAGCAGUACUGUCCAUGAGUGCAACCAAGGCUAUUAUGUCUUUUUAUGCACGGCAACAAAAGAAAUAAAUCUCUUGAAACUGCCA